AUGAAGCUGGACUCGGCUGUGGGUUGCAUGCUGGUGCUGAUGCUGAUGACCACGGCGCUGACCAGGACGGGAGCGGCUCCUGCCCCCACGCCCCUCAGUGCCCUCCCGGGUGCGAGGGGCUGCGCCAUGGCCCCGUUCACGUCGCUGUCCCCACAAGACAUGAAGGCCUUCAGGAGGGCCAAGGACGCGUUGGAGGAGUCGCUCUUGCUGAAGAACCGCAGCUGCCGCUCCCGCCCAUUCCCCAGGACCCGGGACCUGAGGCAGCUGCAGGUGUGGGAGCGCCCCAUGGCCUUGGAGGCUGAGCUGGCCCUGACCCUGAAGGCCCUGGGGCCCAUGGCUAACUCGACGCUGGGGGACAUCCUGGACCAGCCCCUUCACACGCUGCGCCACAUCCACGCCAAGCUUCAGGCCUGCGCCCCAGCUCAGGCCCCAGCAGGCCCCCGGCCCCGGGGCCUCCUCCGCCACUGGCUGCGCCGCCUCCAGGAGGCUCCGGAGAAGGAGUCCGCUGGCUGCCUCGAAGCCUCUGUCACAUUCAACCUCUUCCGCCUCCUCACCCGUGACCUGCGAUGUGUCUCCAGGGGAGACCUGUGUGUCUGAGCCCGACGCCCACCCGCAAC